AUGGCAUAUGAUCCUCGCCGUGUAAACACGGGGAGCACUACUCCCCAAACCCCUCCUCCACCUCCUCCACCACCACCCGAGUCUAGCACACCUACCGAAAUGGACUCAACAACCAGCCAAGAUGAAAGCACUCCAGAUAACUGGAAGCUCAAGUUCUGCACUGUCUGCGCCUCAAACAACAAUCGUUCCAUGGAAGCGCACCUCCGUCUCUCUACCGCUCCAACCGCCUUCCCCGUCAUCUCCUUCGGCACUGGUUCCUUGGUCCGUCUCCCAGGUCCAUCAAUCACCCAGCCAAAUGUCUACAGCUUCAAUACUACGUCCUACAACCAGAUGUACGAGGAAUUGCACUCAAAGGAUGAGCGUCUUUACCGCAGCAAUGGUAUCCUGAAUAUGCUGGAUCGCAAUCGCAACUUGAAAUGGGGUCCUGAGCGCUUCCAGGACUGGGUUCCCGGUAUGCCGCGUCUUGAACAUCUUUCGAAGGGUGAUAAGGGCGCGAUCGGUACGGAAGGCGGCGUCGUUGAUGUUAUCAUUACCUGCGAAGAGCGAUGCUGGGAUGCUGUCGUCGACGACCUCAUGAAUAAGGGCUCGUCUCUGAAUCGACCCGUUCACGUUUUUAACGUCGAUAUCAAGGAUAAUCACGAAGAGGCCCUUGUGGGAGGAAAGGCGAUUCUCGACCUGGCCAACAGGCUUAACAAUGCGGCGAUCUCCCAGCGUCAGCGACACGGAACGGAAGGAUGGGCGAAUGGCUCUGGUCCUGCGCGUCAGAGCUUCGAUGAGUUGGUCCCGGAGAUUCUGGCGGAGUGGCAGGAGAAGAAUCCGAAUCUGCCGGCUUUGUGGACUUUGGCGUGGCUUUAG